AUGCGAGAAAGCUUUCCAACCGGUCCUCUUUGCACUCGCAAGUCACUUGCAGACCAAUUCCGUGAACUUGGAGUGAACCAUGGCGACACACUCCUCCUCCAUUCUUCACUCAGGUCACUUGGUUGGGUAAACGGCGGCGCAGAGGCCGUAGUCCUUGCGCUCUUGGACGUGCUAGGUGACACAGGCACGCUGGUGGUUCCCACCCAGUCCUCAGACAAUUCGGAUCCGGCGAAUUGGCAGCAUCCUCCAGUGCCAGAAGCAUGGAAGCCAAUCAUCCGCGAGACUAUGUUGCCGUACGAUCCUCGCACUACUCCUACACGCUUGAUGGGCGUGAUCGCUGAGACCGUUCGGACGUGGCCUAGUGCUGUGCGGAGUGCGCAUCCUCAGACAUCAUUUUCAGCUGUUGGGCCCCAUGCGGAAUCACUCAUGGCUGGUCAUGCACUUGAUUGUGCUUUUGGGGAGCAGAGCCCCUUGGCAAAGCUUGAGCGUGCACAUGCUCGUGUGUUGCUUCUUGGUGUGGGAUUUGAGAGUUGCACACCUUUUCAUCUCGCGGAGUAUAGGAUACCGGGAGGGAUGACGGAGAAUUCAUUUGCUAUAAUGACGGAUGAGGGGCGUCAAUGGAUGACUGUCCGUGAUACUGCACUUUCGGAGGAGCGAUUUGAUGAGUUGGGCGCGGAUUUUGAAAAGGAGAGGACGAUAGUUCGUGGGAAGGUUGGGGGAGCGGGUUCACGCCUCUUCCAGCUGGGCGAUGCGGUCCAGUUUGCGCAGAGGUGGCUCUUAUUGAAACGCCCAUAUGUUCCUUGA